AUGGCGACUUCAAAAUCACAGCAGUUCUUUCAUACUUCGGGCGUGACCGACUCAGUCUGGGUGCAUCAAGAUCCCGUUUCGAACAGACCUUCAUUUCAGAAGCUGAAUCAAGAUAUUGAGACUGAUGUGUGUGUCAUUGGCGCAGGCAUUGGAGGAAUCUCUACAGCAUUUGAGCUCGUGAAGAGAGGACGAGAAGUCGUCCUUCUUGAAGCUCGACAGGUCCUAUCAGGAGAGACUGGUCGCACCAGUGGACAUCUGACCAACGACCUGGACGAUGGUUAUACUGAGAUCGCUAAGAAGCACGGUGAUGAGGGCGCUAAAGCUGCUGCUGAGAGUCAUGCCUGGGGAAGGGAUCGUGUUGGCGAAAUUUCCCAGAUGCUGGGCAUCGAGUGUGAAUAUCGCAAGCUACCGGCCUACGAGGUCUCCCAAUACUCAACCAAGGAGAAGAAGGAGCACGAGGAAGAGAUGAAUGAACUGCGCAAGGAGGAAGCAGCGCAAAGGAAGUAUGGUAUCGAUUCCAGAUUCGAUGAAACACUAGCCGUCAAAGGUUGGGAUGGAGCCAUCGACCAGCGAGGAGGUCUCAUCGUGAAGGACCAAGCUACCUUCCACCCAACAAAGUAUCUCAACGGAGUCCUGAAGUGGCUCAAGUCUCAGCCCAACUUCCAAUGCUUCGACCAAACACGAGUCAUGUCGGUCGAAGAGAAGGGCAUUGAAAUUCUAGGAAUUGGUAACAAAUCUGUACUCGUGCAGACAUCAGAUGGAAAGACGGUCAAGUGUAACAACGCCGUCGAAGCCACUUGCGUUCCUCUGCAGAAGCUCAGUGUCAUCGCUCAGAUGGAGUUCAUGCGCUCUUACUGUAUCGCUGCCAAGGUAUCAAAGGGUGCCAUCGAGGAUUGUCUCCUCUACGACCAGGCCGAGGAGUACAAGUACAUCCGUCUCACAGCAUGCGACGACCAACAUGAUUACCUUGUUGUCGGAGGCUGCGACCACAAAGUUGGCCAGGAAGAUACCACCACCGAAUUCCAGGAGCUAGAGAACUGGACUCGCGAACGCUUCUCACAGGUUGGCUCUGUUGACUACAAAUGGAGCGGUCAGAUCUUUGAACCUGUUGACUUCAUGCAGUUCAUCGGCAAGAACCAGGGCAACGACCACAUCUACAUCAUCACCGGAGAUUCUGGCGACGGUUUGACACACGGAGUAUUGGCUGGCCGUCUGAUCGCUGAUGAGAUUGAUGAUAUCAAGAACCCGUGGGCUGAGGUUUACUCCCCUAAGCGCAUUGCUUCCAUGCUCAAGUCCCUUCCAAGCAUGAUUUCGCAUGAUCUGCAAAUCAACGCGCAGUACAAGCGUUUCUUGGAAUCUGAUAUUACUGAUAUCGAGGACCUUGGCCGCGGCAUGGGUGGUGUAUUGAACAAGGUCGGAUCCAAGCCAAUUGCGGUGUACAAGGACGAAGAAGGAAAUGUCAAGCAAUACAGCGCUUUGUGUCCGCAUAUGAAGGGUGUCGUGUGUUGGAACACUACUGAGAAGAGUUUCGAUUGUCCUGUUCAUGGAAGUCGAUUCUCUCGAGAGGGUAUUUGUGUUAUGGGGCCGGCAAAGGGUAACUUGCCUCCGGUUGAUGACGCUGGAAAGGCUGACCAGGAGAACGUCGCUGGUAGUUAG